UUUUUGUUCUGGAAUCUGCUCACGACUACGGACAACUUCACAAGUCAGGAUAGUGUGCUGCCACAAACGACUCGUGAAAAUUUAGCAAGUGAAACGCAUUUUGACAGUAUUUCUGCCGGCGAAACAAAUUAUCUACUUCCGACAACGGCAAUUGUUUUUUUUUUUCAGUUUUGUUCUUUAUUUCAUUGUUAUAAUAUAACUACAAGAUGUUUUGGGGACUGAUUCUAAAGGCCAACAAAAAGUACUCCCAGACGGUGGUUAAAUCGUUCCAUCUGUCUCAAGCGGCGUUGGAUCUCUCGAAGAGUGGCGAUGAUGUACAGGUUAUGUUAACUUCGGAAGAAAACACCUACCUCCUGUGCACACUGAGCAAAAAAUUACCGCAGGUUGCGUUGGAUUUAAAUUUUGAGGAAGGUGACCAGAUAAGCUUGAGCACCAACGGCGAAGGAAUCGUUCAUUUGACCGGAUAUCUGAUUCCUAACGAGGAAGAUAUAUUUGGAGAAGAGGGCGACGACGAGGAAGUAGAGGAUGAAGAUAUGGAAGUAUCGCAGCCACAGAAAAACAAAAGUGGAAAGGAACGUGCUGCCAAGAAAGUUGCCAAGAAAGUAAUUAAGGAUGAGGUCAAACAGGUGCAGGCCGGCGAAGACGAGGAAGACGAAUUAGAUGAAACGUUUGAGCUGCCGAAGGGUGCCCAGAAGAAACAAUCAGGUGCUGACAGUGAAGAAAGUGACUCUGACGACGACGACGACGAUGAUGAUGACGAUGAGGAAGACGAGGACGAUGAAAUGGAGGAGCAGGCCGGUGAGCAAGAUAGCGAUUCCGAUGACGACGAUGAAGACGAAGACGAUUCGGACGGCGAAUCGGAAGAUGAAGAACCAGCUGCCAAAGUAGCAAAGGUUGAGAAGAAACCGUCGAAACAAAAUGGUCUCGAAAAUGGAAAGGCUUCGUCGAAGGAGUUGAAGAAAGAUGACAAACAAAAGGAUGAAGCUAAGAUCCGUACUCUGCAGGGUGGAUUAGUCGUGGAAGACAUCAAAGUCGGUACUGGACCAGAAGCGAAACCGGGCAAGAAAGUCGUCGUUUAUUACGAAGGUCGUUUGAAAAAGAAUAACAAAAUUUUCGAUUCUACAUCGAAGGGACCGGGAUUUAAGUUCGCUCUGGGACGUGCCGAAGUCAUCAAAGGAUGGGAUAUCGGUGUGGCGGGAAUGAAGGUUGGAGGAAAGCGACGAUUGACGGUCCCACAUCAGCUAGCUUACGGCACUCGAGGAAGCCCACCAGUCAUUCCACCGAACAGUACACUGGUGUUUGACGUAGAGCUGAAAAACGUACACUAAGCUAAAGUCCCUUUUUUCACACAACUAACUGUACUUGUUUGUUAUAACGUUAAGAUGCUACAAUCACAACUUUGUAUUCACUGAAAAAUAUCGGAUGUCCAACGGCGAGUCGGAUAUGCAAACAGAUCAAAUAGUACAUCUAACCUGGGUAGGAUCUUUCAAAUAAACUCCGAUUGAACAGAGCCGCUACAGAUUCCAACAAAAGCCAUCAACAAAAAUCGCAAUUAUUGCUCCUUUUUGUUGUAAAAAAGUUGCAUUAAUACUACACUAUUCCCUUCGCGCGUGGAAAUAAAAUGUGAUUUAAAGAAA